AUGCUCUCCACCACAGCCAGUCUGUUCCGCAUUGUCGAACAUGUUGUCCCUUGUCAACAUAUCAGAGAAUACCCCGCCGCCACAGCUGAAGAACAGGAAGACGUUCUGCAUCUGGCUGUAAAGCAGUAUAUCCCACUCGACAAUCUGAACCCACAGCCUGGUGAUAUGACCAUUCUGGCUGCACAUGGCAAUGGUUUCCACAAGGGCCAAAGUGGUAUUAUGAAUGAGAACCUUCUUGGGAAUGACCCAAGCUACUUUGAUCAUUCUCGGGAUCUUCUUCAUCUAGUCAACAUGAAGCGAUCCGAGAUGCCACAGCCUAUUGUUGGCAUUGGACACAGCAUGGGGGGUGCACAUAUAGCAAACCUCAGCCUGAUGCAUCCUCGCCUACUGCACAGCCUCGUUCUUAUCGACCCAGUCAUGCAACGACACAGAACAAAGGUUGAUGGCCACUACUUCCAGCUGAAGGAUAUAUUCAUUGAGAUGAUACGACUAUCUACAUACCGGCGAGAUCGUUGGCCCUCGAGGGAGGUAGCAGCAGACAGCUUCAAACGGAAUGCAAUGUACCAGACAUGGGACCCGCGCGUGUUGGAAAAAUGGGUGCAUUACGGACUGCGUGAUCUGCCAACAGCAAUACAUCCCCUCAGCAAGGAGCAGAUGGACCAGAGUCCCGGGAAAGGGCCACCGGUGACACUGGCGACAACAUUGCAUCAGGAGGCCUUUUGCUUCGUGCGACCCACGUAUGAUGGUAGCAGCCGACUAUAUCCUGAUAUUGAUCCCACGGGUCUCAGUGACAUCCCCUUCUACCGGCCUGAACCAUCACAAAUAUUCGAGCAGCUUCCUCAUCUACGGCCGAGUGUGCUCUAUAUAUUCGGAGGCAAGUCCCCCAUGGGUAUCUCUGCCUUACGCGCUGACAAGGUCCGUACUACGGGCACCGGCGUUGGCGGCAGUGGCGGGGUCGAUUCAGGCAGAGUCCGACAAGUUCUCCUUGAGCGACUUGGCCAUUUUAUCCCACAAGAGGAUCCCAAUGAGUGUGCGGAGUCGGCUGCUGAAUGGCUGGGUCCUGAGAUACGUCGUUGGCAUGAUGAGCAUGAAACUUUCCGCUCUGCGCGGCGGCACAAGAGCAAGAUUGAAAAGGUUAUCAUCGAUAGGCAGUGGAAGGAGAAAUUGCCUGUCCCAGGUACCCGCUCAAAAGAGUCAAAAAGCGAUCCAUCCUCAAAGCUGUGAAAGCAACCUUCUCCGUCAAGGAUCCUUACAUUUAAAUGGAGGUUUCAUAGUUGUACAUUUCAAAUCCGAAUGGGUAUAUAGUAACGGAAAUUAGACAGUGAAUGUCACAAAUACCAUUUAUAGAGGAGAGCUUUUCAAAG